UCAUCCCACACCAUUGGACCAGCUGUGAGAGUGGAUAUGAUUGGUCCAGGAACGAAUAAGAACCACACCUUUUUAAUCCAUACUGUCUGUGUAGAAGCGUCCAGUCUUACUUGUUCACACUUGCCACCUAACCUGUAGAAUCACUUGUCUCAUGUCCAUUAGUAUCCCUUAAGCCCCUCUCACUCCCCAUGUCCUCUACCCACUCCAUUUCCUGUGUGACAGAUGAAAUUGUUUAUAUUCUAGUUUUUUUCCUGUUUCAUGUAAUACAAAAGGAUAAAUAAAUGAUUUUGUGAUAUUCUUACAUUAGUCAUUGUUAGUCAUAAUGGCAGUAUGAGAUGAGGCGAUUCCAUAAGCAUGGAGUGGAUGAAGCACUGUCACUAUUGGCUGUUAUCCCAAUGCUGUUGCUGUUCAAGAAUUUAAACCCUUUCAGAUCUAAGAAAAAAACAACUUCUAGUCUGGGUACUGGAUGGUGCUGCUUCUAUUGGAGUUGAUACAGAGCUGUACAUCUAAGUAAUAUUUCUAUGACACAUUAUUGAUCUACUUGUUUAAUUGCACUGUGAAUAUGCAAUUCUGUAGUCUGACAGUUGUAAAUGAAGCCAUUUUAUACUACAAAUUCAUGAAAACCAUGCUGGUAACCAAAUAUGGAUAAAAUGACCAGUUAAGGUAAAUUCAUAUAUUUGAUAGUUUUGCAUUCAGUACAAAUUUAUCUUGAAUGAAAGUAGACAGUGCUUGUUCCACCCAAUGUAGCAUAAGAGAGCGCACAUUAGAUUGUAUGAAUGGUUACAUUUGUGUUUGAGUGAGUGUGCACCUGUUAAGCUUCAGAAUUUAUGUGUUGGUUUUUAGUGUUUGUGUCUAUAGGACAGUUAUCUUAUUGUACACAACUUGGGGUGUUCGACAUUUCUCUCCUGCAGCGAAUUGGCCCCUAUUAGCUAAGCAGCAAUGACCCGGUUUGUAUUUGCACGCUCUGCUUCCUUACUCCUAUCUUUAGGGUCCUUGUAACGCUUCUUUGACUAUGUUUCUCUCUCUACCUGUUUCUUUCUGUUUCACGACUAUCAUACUUUAUAUCUAUUCUCUCUCUCUGACUCUGUUUCUCUCUUGCUCCUUCCCUACUAUAAAGUGAUUUUCGGUGUACAGUACCCUCUGUCAUUCUGUGCUGGCAUGGUGCUUGUGCAACUGGGACUGCAUUUUUCGCUGAAGAGGCAUAUUGAUAAUAGUGCAGGCAGCUAUUUUCUCUGUCUUUCUCACUCUCUCCAUCCCUCUGAAGCAUUGUGGUGAGCAGGCCUAAUAUCCUCUGUCCUCAGUAAUAUAUCUGUAAGCAUCCUCUGAAGAUUAUGAAUGUGUUUUAUGGACCAGUCAGCAGGGAUCAGCAACAAGUGAGCAAAAAAAUUGUGCACCUUUUUUUCUAAAUCAACCAGAUUAAGUGACAAUGGAUUAAUUGCUAGUUUUAUUUAUAAUAAUUAGAAGUAACAUGCAUUACAAUACCUGACUGUAUUAUUUUAAGUGAAAACAGCUGUAAGCUUCAAAUAGUUUUUGUCAUGAGUUUUUAGUUUAUAAGCAACAGUAAAAGUAAAUAUUUUCAUAGGAAAAAAAAGUCCAUUAGCAUGCGUUUUUUUCUUUUUUAAUUACAACAUAAUAUAUUACUUGUUCCCUGGACAUGUGGUUUUCAUAUUACACUUGUAACACAGUGAGCCAAGGACAUAAAAUGUUGGCUUUUGGUCAAGUUUCAGUGUGAUGUGUUCUUUUCCUCAUACAAAACCCUUCUCACUUUGUGUGGGUGAUUGCCUGGAGAAAAGUAAGGAAGAGGGAUGGCCUGCUCACCUGGCUUGAGUGGCACUUUUGCUCCUGCGCUAUUAUUUGUGGAGGGGGGCUGAGGGCCGCGCUGUAGCCAUCACACAGCUCUUCACAUGUACGUGGAAAACUGUGGUGGCAAAAGUGCUGUCAAACAUCAUAGAAUCACAACUGGUAAACCUUUAGACUUCUCAUGUGGUGUUUUGGAUAGGGUGGUCUCUAAAAGCAGGCAGACAAAAAUUGCAUAAAUGAUCAUCUGAAUUUUAGUGAAUUUCUUCUACUAUUAUACUGAUGAUUCAGAACUUCUCAGGGGAUUUGGUUCCAAAAACAUACUGACUAAAAUAUAUAUAUUAAUUUGUAAAUAUCAUAUAGCACACCUUAUUACUAUUCAUCAUAUUUAACUAUGUCCAUGUAUAGUCUACAGUGCUAAAUCUAAAUAAAUGAUAAAGUAAAUCUAACCUUGACUUCUUUGCACAACCUAUAAGGUGCAGGUAUAUGUACCAGUUAUCCACUAAUUUACAUUUUGGAGCUAUUAGUGAAUGCUUCAGCCCAGCUUCUUGGAGCCCCUCCCCUGCCAUUUAUUGUGUGUGAUUUAUAGGCAGCUAGAGGUCUGUGGUAUUUUAUUGGGAUCUUUCUCUUCCUGUCUUUCCCUUUUGGUCUUUUGAUAUUUUUCUCUAACAUUGUUUUUGCAUUGCAUGUGUUACCUUGGUAGCAUUCAGUACUAUUUCCUCUCGACACUCUGUCUUAAUCAUUACUAUUUCUUUUCCUCAUUCAGCCCACGUUUUUUGUCCCUCCCAAUCCCCUUAAACCUAUCAUCUUCCUCCCUCCCCUUUCCUGACCCAGUGCCAUAGCGAUAUGCAGUGGGCAGCCUCAGAGCCACAGGAGUUACACAUUCACAUACAGGACAUCUAUGAAAAGCCUGUAUGCAAGCCACAGGGAGAUUACAUUCUUACUAAAAGAGUUACUGUGUAUUUGUUUUAUUAAACUAGUAGUUACUGCUAAUCUCCGUCUGCUGUGGGCCAAAUAAGGCGUAUUCAGAGUAGUAAUGAAAUAAAAGUGGAGAAAAACUACAAAUGGAAAGGAAAUUCAAAUUACUUAACUACGCUCUGCUAAAUUUACAGUAUUUGAAAUGGGGCUUCAGAAUUAUGAGGUGAGUAUGUUCCUUUAAAGUAUCAUAUACUUAAAACUGAAUUAUUUAAUCAGACUCUGCUCUUCUGUGACAUCCCCUAUCACUUCAGUAAUGAAAUCUGUAAAUCUUUCAUGUUAAAUCUGAGCCAUGUACACCUUCCCCCAUUCAUUGUGUGCUUGGCACUUUUGCUUUACUCUUUUACCACUUGGUGCAUCUCAGAAGUUGUUUCUGUUUAGUCCCACCUGUCAUCUCUGAUACUAAGCAGGAAUGCAGAGAGAUUCAAACACGGUUCAGCUGCUAAAAUUUAUGAAAAGCAGCAGACUUGAGCUCAUUUUCUGUAAAAUCCAUCCCCAUUGAGUUACCUUCAGUCUUCUUAUGAACACACUGAAAUAUAGGAUUUUUUUUCAUUCUACACACAUACUGUCCCAUUAAAAAGUGGCUGCAUGAACUGAAACAAUGAAACGAAAUCCUGUGAGGUCCCCUGCAUAUCACUUCCCUUAUCCACUUUUUAUUUUUAUGCACUGUGCCAAUGACAGCACAUUGCACAUAAAAAAACAGCUUUUUUGUUUGGAUAACACUUAUCUUUUUUUUUUCUUCUUUUUUUUUGCUUUGUCCUGUAUUAACAGUCAAUUGGUGGAUUUAUUGAAAUGCCUACGUUUUCUGUUUGUAUAUAGUGUUAUGUUUAUUUUAUGGCAGAGAGAGAUUUGUAUUUUAAAGAACUAGAAAAGCUAGCAGAAUUGCAGUUGAAAGCGUCUGGCCGGUUUCUUACGUUGUGUUACGUGUGACUGUUUUUUUGACAGCCCAGUAUUUUAAAGCCAGGUUCGUAUGGAAAUGCCUUCACUCCACUUGCACUGCUGUUGGACUCGCCGUCGUUGCUUUCAUCCGUCUGUCUAUUCUUUUGGUGCGCUUAUCUGUUGUCCAACACCCAGUCUACACCUCAUCUCUGCCCUCUAACUCUUGAGCUCAUUUUGACCUAAUCUCUUGAUCGUCAGCACUUGCAAACUUUUGCCUCCUACAACCUGCUCUACCUGUUUUUGUUUUUCAGUUCACACAUUUUAGCCAGGGCAGGACUUGAAAAUGUCAGAAUUUCCUUUUGUUGUCUUUUGCUUGACCCUUGCAAUGGGGAAAAAAAUGAGUGGACAGAGGAGAGGCUGAUCUUCUCUUUUAAGGGUGGAUUUUUUUUUUUUUCCUUCUAAGCAUCACACUUGAGCCACAAAAUGAUAGGCGCUUACAUAUAGUCUUGUUGCACCACAAUAAUGUGAUAAAGAACAGAACCAGGACAAAUGUUGUUGCUGUAGUACGAGUUUCACAGCAGCAAUUCCUGCAGUGUUACCAAAAAGCAUUAUGUCAAGGAAUGUAACCAAAAACUGGUCGGGACAAGAACUCUUUGUUGAAAGGAGACUGUGCUAUAAACAAUAAAGAAUGCAGAAGUGCAUACUUUAAGCACGCAAUAGGUGCACUUGACAAUCUGUUACACACCAUUGUUCAUUAUGACUUCAGGUGUUAUCCACAGUACAGUAAAGCUAAAGGACAAACUGCACAUUAACACAAUUUUUUUUAGCCCAUGCCACAGAUUGUUUUACAUAUGUUUGAGAUUUCCUCCAAGUGGUAGCAGGAUUCUUUCACUUGUAGAUGUGUGUUUGAAAAAGCACCAAUGCAGAGCAAUUGCAUUAACAUGCCAUACCAAGUUAUAUGCUCAAUUUAGCUUUCAAUGUUCUAGUUGUUUGCAGAUUUCUUUUAACCAUCUGAGGCUGAUCACAUCAGUCAUCCCACAGUGGAAAGGAUCUGACAGUCAUACAGUACACAGAAAUGCUUGAAAUGGACCAAAAAAGAAGUGAGAAGAUUUCAACAUCCCUUUUGACUGCCGGAAGCACAUAUUAGCCAGAUUAUUAGGAUGUAUUUAUUCUGAUGAUCGUCAUAGUAAUGUGCCAUUCUCUACGUUUAGACUAACAUGUUUUUUUUUUUUGUUUUUUUUUUGCCUGAGCAAUACAAGGGCAAAAGGCAGGCAACAGUUGACUCGCUAAAAACAUGGAUUAAACUAGAGGGGAAAACAAAUUAUCAAAUUUAUUCCAAUUUCAACCUUAUGGGCGGAGAUGCAGUGUGUGUGUGCUGUGUGUUUGAGACUACCACUCCCUUCACAAGCUCUAACCCAUACAAACCCAUCUCACCUUCACCACACAAAAACCCAUUAUGGCUCAGCCUGCUCUGUUCUGCUCAUUUUUCCCAACGUCCUCUUGUCAAAGAGAACUAAUUGAGCCAUCACCUUCCUUACUAUGCCUGAUUGACCUGAGACUAACACAGUUGGAGUUUUGUUUACUUGCCCACCACCCCGGCCACCCCUUUUGUAUGUGUACCACUCACACUACGCUAUUAACACCGACGACCGCUUUUGUUAAAACUUUUAACAAAAAGUUGCAUGCUCCCCCCCAGUUUUAUUUCAACACCCUCACUUUCUGUUUGUAAAACUUGAUGUCUGUCUCUUUGUGAUUAUAAAUAUCCUUUUUUAUUUUUUGGUUUGUAUGGCUUUUGAUAGAAUGCAACACUGUUGAAUGUUAGACACAUUUGGAAUAGUUAUAAUCACAACAGAAAACACUGCAGAUGAAGAAAUCUCAUUGUUUCUUGUCUGUUUGUGCUUGAAGAUGUACUAUAGUGUGUAGUGGUGGGAUGGUCUUGCAUUUCACUUAAUGUUGUUGUUUUUUUUAAUCUUGCUGAACCAUAUUAGUCAUAUAAUUACUAGUGAUCUAGCACAAUUGGACCCAUGGUGUGGGAAGAAUUUGUGUAGUGUGUGUGUUUUUGCAUGCAUCUCUAGCCUCUUUUGUUUAUUAUCCAUUGCCUUAUCUUGCCCACAUUGUUGGUCUUGCAGUGUUUCCCAUAGCAAUCAUUGGUAUAAAUUCAGGAGUAGAAGAUGAUUACUUCAAAGUAGAUGGCCUCCAGGCAGUUGUGUAUUUUUUAUCUUUUGCUGUUAAAAUUGUAAAGAAAAAGAAUUCCUUUAUUCAUCUCACAGUGGAUAAUUUUUUGUUACAAUAGCAGCAGGAAAAACGUAUUAAAAAGAUAAAAAGAAAAAUAGUAGUAAAAAUAGAAUCAUUAUAAUAAUGUACGACAUAUAUACAGUUUUAUAAUUUACACCAUUGCACAUUUGGAAAUAUGUUCGGUUGAUAUUAUUGAACAUGAAUGUUUUUACAUAAAUGGGUUAAACUCUUUAAGUCUUAGUGAGUGUGCCAUUGUACAUGGAUUUAUUAAAAAAAUACACAAAAAUGCCAUCUAGUUUGAAAAGUAAUUGUUUUUCUAGAUGUUGAUGAUAUCUAUGAGAAUAUCAGUUCAGAGUUAGGUUAGCAUUUUUGAGGUAAGAUAUUAAAAAAGUAUAUAUAUAAACAUUGUUGAGACCUGACAAUUGAUAACAGACAAAAGAUGCUGGAGGUAUCCAAAAACAGGCACAGUAGUCCUUUCUAGUACAUCGCGGGAUACAGGCGUACUAUGAUUCCCCUCUUUUCACCUGCACACCCACAUAUUCCUUUACAUGUGUACAGUCUGUCCGCCACGGGCCUUGUAAUGGUAAUCCAAGGCCCACUAGCGUCACCUCUCUCCCUCUUGCUAUAUUUUCUUGUGUCAGCUGCAUAUAUUUCAUGGUGCUCCCCUUGUCAUUGUUUCAGAAUCACAGCAAGCUUGGACUUUCUAGUCUUCAUCUCGUUAUUGCUAGAUUUCCAUACCUGUUCUGUGUCACUUUUUUGUGUUUUUAAGACCUUCCUCUGUGGUAGAUCAUAUAUGUAUGAUUGUGAUACAUAUAUUGGCCUCUCCUUCCUUCUCCUCCUCUUAACUUCUCACUUUGUGGAUGUAAUUUGAUUUGCACUCUUACUCGAAACAUAGAAAUUUUCAUGCCCAAUUAUUUUUCCUGAAAUAGAUUUUUUUAAAUGCACUUCUAAUGUAGAAGAAUAUCUCGUAGUUUAUAGGCUGCCUAUAGACUUAUCUAUAUUCAUAAUAGUGGAUAUCCUACCUUCAUGUAAGUCUCCCAGCCUUUAUCCCUCUCUACCAAAUACCCUCACACUCCUCGUGUUGGAAGACACUGAUUGUUACACGCUGUAGGUGAUGACAGUAAUAACGAUGGUGAUGGUGGUUGUGCUGAUGACAGUGUGAUUUGAGUGCUUUAUUUUGUCUGUCUUUUAUUUUAUUUUUUUGUGUUUGGUUUCUUCUUUUACCCGUGCCCACGGGGUAUAGCUCUUCUUAUUAUUGGAAUAUUUUUGGUUUUUUCCCUUCUGUUCUCUCUACCAGGAUAACAUUGGGCACCGGCUGCUUCAGAAACAUGGCUGGAAGUUGGGGCAAGGCCUUGGGAAAUCCAUGCAGGGUAAGGUUUGUUGGAUCCCUUUUAUAUGUCAGUAUGCGUGUGUGGGUGUGUUUUCUUUCUCCCACUCUGCAGUUGACCUCAGUGUAACACCCUUUUCACAGUGUAUCAUAGGCUAAUGGCCUCUGUCAGCUUCCUCUUCUUCGCUUCAUAAUCACUAAACCUUUAUUUCAAUCUGCUUAUGAGUAAAGUGCUUUGAUUUGAACCAAGAAUAAAGAUCCAUUUGAAAUCAAGAUAGAACUAGGAAGCCAUGAUUCCAUCAUAUCCCUUAGAAUAAUCAUCUCCAUGUAUUUUAGAUUUUUCCUCCUUGAGUUUCCGUGGCUGCUGUUGGGUAAUCUGAUUGGCUGUAACCACGGCUCAGACUUUGAAUGGCUUGCAGAGUAGAAAAGUUCUCUCCCCUCUGCUUGUUUGCCUGUUUCUACCUCUAAAACUGUGAAACAUAUAUGUGUAUGUGUGUGUGGUCAAUAUGUGGGACUGCGAAGUGUGUGUGUGUGUGUCUGCUACUUACUGGGCCAUAGAGUAAACUUACAGGGAAAACCUCUCCACCCUUCUACACCCCUUGUCUAUCCCCAUGGUUACAGGCUUCCAUCCUCCCCCUAUUUCUUUGCCCCUCCUGCACAGCAUGUAUCCCUGAGGUGCACUCCUGCCUGCCUCAAACUGUCACUUACCUGGGGCUUUAAGCAGUGUUGGAGGUUGUACAUUAAAUCACUACAUUUUAUGGGACAACGUAAAUAAAUUGUAUAACUACAGAUUCCCUUUUGUUUUAUUAAUUACACUUAAAGUGUUGUUUCUUAGCAAUAGAGAAGCCACUCUAAGCACUGCUCAAAGCCUUGCUGGCUCUUCCCUCAGGUAAAUUUAUAUGUAUGCCACAAUUUCACCUGUUGUGGGGUUAAUCAUAUCCCAAACUGAGCUUGCUGGCUGGAGGUUAGUGAAGAGAAUCUCAGGAAAAUUUGCAAAAUGGGCUGACAAGCAUCUGCGAGGCCAAAAGCUCAGAGGGGGAAAAUGGUGGUCGUCCCUAGAGCAUAGCACAACUCGGACUAGAAACUUUAUGACAACUUGAAAGAUGCAAAAGAAUGCUUUGGAUUCAAGAAUUUUUUAUUUUUUUUCCCAGCGAGAGAUAAUCAUUCCCUAGCACAGUACUUUUUGUCCAAGUACAUUUUCAUGGCUCUAUAAAAGAAAAGAAAUCCUGCAUGUCCAGAAUAAAAAUAAAAACGUAAAGGAUUGCUAGAUUUUUACAGAUUGACAUGAUUUAUAUUGUGUUAGCUGUACUGUAGCUGCUUUUCCACUACAAGGAAGUGACAACAUGAAACUUUGAGCCUCCUUUAAAUGGGAAACUUUGCCUUCCUUUGUAAUUUCAGGUCUGGUAAGAAUCGAAUGUAGGUGAUUAAAUGAACAACAGUAGGUUAGGUACAAUUAUUUUUAUACAAGCCAAAAAUGCACUUUAUAUUUUACCUCACCAUUAGGAAGACAUUGUCGUGUAUGUAUCUGCAAGAGCCACUAAGCAAUAGUAUACUCAGUGGUGUGUAGUUUCUGUUAAAUAAAUAAUGCACCACAGAGGUCUACCAUUAUGUACCACUCCCUCAAAGUUUAGCUCCUAAAACUCUGAUGUAACAUGCAUGGAGGCAGGCAGUGGAAACGAAGGCAGACCCAGUAACAGCAGCUACAUGUUCAGCUACCAGUUGCAAUACCCUGUAGUGGAAAACACCUUCUUUUAGGGGUCUAGUCUGCCCCCUAGUCUUAUUCCUUGGAGCUUGUUGUCAUUCAGAAAGCAUGAUGAUACCACACUAGGGACCUGGGGACUGGGACAAGUGGUUUGGAGAGAGUGGUGAGAGGAAAUCCCUGUAAGCACUUUGCCCUUAAUGAAGGGAUGAGUUGGGUGGUGGUAGGGGGUGACACAUGGAAGUCCCUCUGGUAAUGAGCACCCUUUAACCUCCCAACCACACUCCCAACCCCACCCUCCCUUCUUUAUGUGCCUCAAUCUUCCUGCUUAACCAAUUGGUGUUUCUUUUUUACAGCGAUUUGAUCCUGCCCAUGUUGUGCUGAUGGUAAACUUAGUGGACGCACUGACCCUGUGCCCAUUGUCCUUAAAUAUGAUGUCAUGGGAAUGGGACGAAUGGAGAUGGAGCUGGACUAUGCAGAGGAUGCCACAGAGAAGAGGAGAGUGCUCGAAGUGGAGAAAGAGGAUACAGAAGAACUGCGGCAAAAAUACAAGGACCAGGUGGAAAAGGAAAAAGCCAUUGCAAAGGCUCUGGAGGACCUGAGAGCCAAUUUCUACUGCGAGCUUUGUGAUAAGCAGUACACUAAACACCAGGAAUUUGACAACCACAUAAACUCUUAUGACCACGCUCACAAGCAGAGGCUUAAGGAGCUCAAGCAGAGAGAGUUUGCCCGAAAUGUGUCAUCUCGUUCUCGGAAAGAUGGAAAGAAGCAGGAAAAGAUGCUGCGCCGACUGCAUGAGCUGGCAGAGCAGAGGAAACAAGACAAACAAGACCGUACUCCUGGGAGUGGACCUAUGUUCAAAACAACCACAGUGGCUGUUGAUGGAGAGAAGUUAGAAGAUUGUGACAACAUGACAUUCGAGAACCCUGCAAUGAACCCUGUAAUGGACACUGUCUUGGAGGUAGCACCUGCUGAAGAUAUAGGCCAAUCUUCCCCCAAACCAGCCCCAACUAUUAGUUUUUCUCUGGGGAAGAACACUUCCUCAUCCCCAACUCCUAGUAGUGCAUCCAAGGUCAGUGUGUCAUUCUCUUUUGCCAAGAAAGCGCCUGUAAAGCUGGAGACAGCAGCUGCUGUGUUUGCUGAUCAGGCUGAGGAACCCAUGGAGGAAGAGGAGAGCCAGGAGGGAGAUAAGGCUGGAGGACAAGAUGAGACUUCAGGCUGUAGCACUGAUAGCUCUAAGGGAGUAUCUGGAGGAGGUGAGGCAGUAGAGGUAGGUGGUGCAGCAGCUGGUAUGGAAGAGGGGCAGCAGUCGGAUGAUGGAGCGUCGCUUGCCUCCACUCUCAACAAAUUAAAGAUGAUGAUGAAAAAGGAGGAAGGAUAUGCUGGACAGGAGCCUCAGUACUACCACUACGUACCACCAGCCCAUUGUCGGGUAAAGCCACAUUUUCAGUUUUUGCUGUUCAUGAAGGCUACUGAACAGUGUCCGAGAAAAGAAGAGGGUGAUGAAGAGGAAGAUGUGGAGGAGGAUAAAUUGGCUGAAGAAAGCUCUGAACAAAAAGAAUCCAAUGCUACAGAGUGUAAAAAUGAAGAUGAACAAGAUAAUGAUGCUUCAGCUGCUAAUCCAGAGCCAGAGCCAGAGCCUCCAUCACCUCAAGUGAAAUUGGAGGAAGAUCCCUCCACAUGUGCAAUGGACACAAAUCCCACUGUAACCACUCCUCCCACUGAGAAAGCAGAGGAUAAAGAUACACAAGCUAUACCAGAUACACAAGAUACACCAGAUACACAAGAUACACAAGAUAAACAAGAUAAACAAGAUACACUGGAAUCAAACACUGGUCCUAAAAUCCCUACUGGUCCCUUCUUCCCAGUCUUGAGCAAAGAUGAGAGUACUACGCUGCAGUGGCCGACGGAGCUACUUGAAUUUACAAAAGCUUCACCUUCCUUGUCUUACAGCUGUAAUCCCCUCUACUUUGACUUCAAGCUGUCCAGAAACAAAGGAAUACGUGGUGGAAAAGCAGCAAAAUCCCCCAAGUCUGGUGAAGAGAUUGAUGAAAAGGGACAAGAGGUAGCUGCUUCAACGGCGGAAGUAGGUGCAGCACCUGAACCUGGAAUGAGCACUGACAAAGAUAAGCUAGCAAUGAAGGAAGACCCUGACCAGUCAGAAGGUGGUCAGCAAAAGCCUGCGACUGGCAGCAGUAGUGCAAAGAAGAAGAAGAAAAAGAAGAAGCAUAAGAAAUCUGCAAAGCAUUCAAAACGCAAGGGAAAAGAAAAAAGUGCAGCAGAAGAUGCAGAGGGAGAAACGGAGGUAGCGCAAGAAAAACCCAAAAAGAAGAAGAAACACAAACGGAAGAAGAGCCGAAACAAGGCUCCAGAUCAAGAGGAGGCGACUGGUGAGGAAAAAGAAAAAGUGAAAUCAAAGCCAGAAGACAAAGCCGUCGCCUCAUCUGUUCAGCUGACUGGUGGAGCAGCAGUAGCGACAGGAGCAGAACUUGGGAAGAGGAAACGUUCAGCUAAGGAAGUGCCUUCCAAGUCUGGAGCAGAAGAUGGAAAAACCGGAAAAGGUAACGACAAGGCCAACUCAUCGGAAGAACAUAGUGGCGCCAAGAGACAAAAGACCGACUCAAGUGCAACUCAAAGUGCCUCCUGCUCGUCUUCUGCCCACAAGAGUCCGAGGCAUGGUAGACCUCCCAGCAGCGAGAGCGAAGAGGAAGGUGGCUCCAACACCCAGCGCUCACGUCAUCACAGAUUAAGCCCACGGGAACAGCGGCGUCACCAUAGCGAAGAGUCAAAGCGGUCCUGCAGUCGCUCCUCCAGACGAGAGGACAGACGGGGCAGUAGUCGUCGGCAUCAUCGUGGUCAAACGUCUCGUAGUCGCUCUUACUCUAGCAGCUCCGAUCGCUCCUCUGCGGGAAGCAGUGCCUACAGUCACCGCAGCCGCAGCUAUUCAGACAGCUACAGCGACUAUAGCACAGAAGGGCACAGGCGGAGGCGUUCCAAGCAUUCUUCCGACUCUGAGUACGAGCGGAGGGGCAGCCGCGGCCAUAGACGAUCCCGAAGACAUCAGUACUCUUCUUCCUCGUCAGAAGACUCGCGCUCACGUUCACGCAGCUACAGCCGCAGAAAGAGGCAUCGACGGCACCAUCGGAGCAGCUCAAGAAGUUCUAGCAGCUGGAGCCGCAGCACAAGCGCAAGAUCCUGGAGGCGUAGCUACAGCCGCAGCCACAGCUCUGCCAGCCGCUCUUCCAGUUCAAACAAAGCAUCCCCUCACAGACGAACUACCCGGGGUCGAGGAGAGACUGAUGCAAGUCGGAGAGACUUCAACCGCUCUCGCAUCUACCGUUCCCAGUCUCCGCGGUCGUCAUCAUCACGAGGUCUUAACCGCAACACCCAUUCAUCCAGUUCCCAGGCUCUGAGGCCGGGCGGCUCUCGAGAUGCAGGGGAAAUGAAAAACACACUUACUGCUCGCCAGCUGCUUGAGAAGGUUCAGUCGAAAAGAAGCUCAGAUGAUUCUUCCGCAGGAACAAAAUCUGGGAUUAAGAUUAAGGACCCACCACAGGGCUAUUUUGGUCCUAAACUACCCCCAACCCUUGGAAGCAAAGCCAUGUUACCACUUUUUGGCAAGCUGCAGGCAGGGAAGAAACCUUUAUUUCCCUUAACAAGACCAGAUGAAGGAGAGAAAUCAGGGACAGGGAAGGGCUCUGAAGCCGAGGUGGAGGAUGUUCUGGCUGAGCCUAUUAGUGAGUUCCCCCCUCCUCCGCCACCUCCAGCCCCACCAGUCCAGAAGGUUGAGGAGGUCCCGCAGACCACAGUUAUGACGGAAGACACACAGCAGCACCCCACUACAGAGGAACAGGUACACCAAGAAACCCGACCAAUGUUUGAACAGGAGUCCUCCAUGAUGGUGACCCAGUAUCAAGGAGAGUUAGGACAGGACCCUUCCCAGAACCCUAUGAUGGAGUCCCUUGUGCCUGAAAUGCAGCAGCAGACCCCAAUGCACGCGUACCCCGCUUACCCACCUCCCAAUAUGGAGGAGGAUUGCAUAGAGGCAGAGGAGGAUGGACUGGCUCCUUUGGAGAGUCAGCCGAUUACGUUCACGCCUGAGGAGAUGGAGAAAUACAGCAAGCUGCAACAGGCUGCACAGCAACAUAUCCAGCAGCAGCUCUUAGCCAAGCAGGUCAAGGCAUUCCCCUCUGCUGCGGCUGCUGCCGCCGCAGCUGCUGCAGCCGCUGCCAACUUGGCCCCAGCCCCCCCUCCACCGGCCUUGCAGCAGAUCCACAUUCAGCAGCCAACUGUGUCCGUAGCGUCUGGCACAUCUCUUGCUACAGUCCAACACGCCAUCCUGCAACACCACGCAGCCACUGCUGCGGCAAUGGGCAUCCACCCAGCCCACGCCCACCACCAUCACCCUGCACAUGCCCAGCUGGCCCAGGUACAUCAUAUUCCCCAGCACCACCUUACUCCCAUCUCCCUCUCUCCGUUGGGCCAUUCUCUUGGUCAUUCUUUGGGACACUCACUGGGACAUGCCGGGUUGAUUCCCGGCCAUCCGACAGCCUUCCUCUCCGGUCAGCCCAUACACAUUAUCCCUGCCUCUGCACUUCACCACACCCCGUUGGCUCUCCACCAUGUCCCACAUACAGCUCUAUACCCUACACUUUUCACACCUCGGCCCUCGCAGGCUGCUGCAGCAGCAGCUCUUCAGCUCCACCCGUUCUUGCACCCAAUCUUCUCAGGACAGGAUCUCCAGCAUCCACCUAACCAUGGUUCUUGAUUGGUGAUGGAGGUGAAAUGGGGUAUUCACAACGCCCAGUUUCUGGCAGAAAUUUUGUAUAGGGAUUUAGACAAAGUCUUUUAUGGAGGCCAAAACCUGCACGUGAGUGAGUUGUGGUUACAAAGUGGUCCAGCCUGUGUUGGCUACGGUAUCAACACUAAAGGUUUCAGUGGGUUCAUGAGUUGUUUUUUUUUCCUCCUAUGUUUUCCUGGAAUUUAAAAAAUGUAUUGUAGACCCAAAGACUAUGAGAUUGGCUUAUGUUCCAAUCUAGGCUGUAUUACCACCCUGAUAUACCACUGGAGUUUAUUUUCCACACAAAUUAUUUGUCACAAUAUUUGUAGAAUUUUGUCAGCCAAAGAGCCAUAAUGGCUGAGGUUAUAAACAGUAAAAUGUUAAGACGGGACAAAGAAGUGAUUUUGUUUGUUACAUACAGCUACAGCGAUAAUGUAAGGAGUUCAGAGAUGUAAAGUUUGAUCAUUUCUGAUACUGUUUAUACUCUUAAUAUGACUACUUGCUUUCUAUUGGAUUCUUGGACUUAAUAAUUUGUUAUUCAGUAACUUGUUCAUAUAAAUGAGUGUGUAAUGUGAAGAACCCUGGUUAUGACAACCAUAUGAAAUUACAGCUAUGGUGUCUAAACUGUCCCAUUGAUGGAGAAAUGUGUUGUAGGGGUUUUAUGACAUCCCCAAGAGUUUGACACAAAGCUUGUGUUCCCCGAUUGAGGGUGCAGGUGAAUCAAUUGCACUGAAAUCUGUACAUCAAAAUGGUGCUUAAGCAUCAUUUAACAAUAGGAUUGUAGUAUACUGCAAUAAUUGUAUUUUUGUUUUUAAAUUAUUUUCCAAAAUGCUCUUCAAAAGAAGGGCUGUGUUUGCCUUUUGUAAAUAUGUGCUGUAUAUUAACCUAUUAACAUUAAUAGCCGAGACUCCUAUUGGAAAAGCAGAUAGAUGGACAUGUACUCUUUCAGUUGUUUCUAAAGUGUCCUGGCUAAGGCUGACAGCGAUGGCAAGAAAGUGAUCUGUUUAAAAGUAGCAACUAUGUAUUUUUAAAAAAACAUAACUGUUUCAGCAAAUAAAAUCUUCAUUUCUUG